GGGCGGGAUGAGAGCUGAUUGGCCGCCGUGCUCUGUGUGACGGAAGAUGGCGGAGCAGGGUCUGGCGCGGAUUCCUGUGGUGGAUAUAGACCCGGACGGGGUGUUCAAGUACGUGCUGAUCCGGGUGAACGUGACGGAAGGAUCAGACGAGUACAAGGACAUCGUGCGGGGGUACGGCUGGGCGGAGUACCACGCUGACAUCUAUGACAAGGCGGCAGCCGAGAUCGAGAAGGAUCGAGUCUACGACUGCGAGUGUCUGGGAGGAGGACGCAUCAACCACUCCAGUAGCAGCAAGAAAAUCCACAUUUAUGGAUACUCCCUGGGUUUUGGCCGGGCCAGACAUGCAACCACCAUGGAGCUGAUAAAAACGAAAUAUCCAGACUAUGAAGUGACCUGGUCAGAUGAAGGCUACUGAAUAGAGCGACCACACAGUAACCAGUUGUGCCUCUACCUUCUGCCCAUAAGGGGGCAGUGUUGUAUUAACUAAGGAACAAGUUAGGUGAGAGUAUAGAACAGUGGUCUACAACUUGCAGACCUCCAGAUGUUGCAAAACUACA